UCUCGAGCCGGUCUCGAGUGGUCUUUCUCCGGAUUCAUGGGCGGGGCUUAUGCGUGCCCGCUUCGUUCCCUAGCAAUACGCUGCUGAGACACACUGCAGCAAGGCUGACGAGAGUAAGGACGGGAGAAGAGAGAUAGUCAGGUUAAAAGCACAACAGCGGUCAACGUGAUGGCAGCCAUUCGCAAGAAGCUGGUGAUCGUGGGGGAUGGCGCGUGCGGGAAGACCUGCCUGCUCAUCGUCUUCAGUAAAGACCAGUUCCCCGAGGUCUACGUGCCCACGGUGUUCGAGAACUACAUCGCCGACAUCGAGGUGGACGGAAAGCAGGUGGAGUUGGCGCUCUGGGACACGGCCGGCCAGGAGGACUACGACCGGCUGCGGCCGCUGUCCUACCCCGACACCGACGUCAUCCUCAUGUGCUUCUCCAUCGACAGCCCCGACAGCUUAGAGAACAUUCCGGAGAAGUGGACCCCCGAGGUGAAGCACUUCUGUCCCAACGUGCCCAUCAUCCUGGUGGGGAACAAGAAGGACCUGAGGAACGACGAGCACACGCGCAGCGAACUGGCCAAGAUGAAGCAGGACCCUGUGAGGCCAGAGGAAGGCCGUGACAUGUCCAACAAGAUCGGCGCCUUUGGCUACCUGGAGUGCUCGGCCAAGACCAAGGAAGGAGUGCGGGAGGUAUUUGAGAUGGCCACCAGGGCGGCGCUGCAGGUCAAGAAGCGCAAGAAGAGGGGUGGCUGCCUGCUGUUUUGAGAGAGGCACGGGGGCCACGGCAGAUGCCAACUGAUAACUGCGACAAAAAAAAAGAGGAUUUAUCCUGACAAACCGCCAUCUUCGUCCUGUAUCUUACAUUUCACGCAAAUGAUGAGCGAGGAAUCUGGGCAGAAAAAAGAAAAGAAAAAAGACACCAAAACUCACAUUAAUCACAGGAAGACUGGGCUGCAACGCGGGUUUCAGAACUGACAUUUUUAACCAGACUUAUUCUUUUUUUCCUUUUUUUUUGGCACUAUGGGUCUUUUUUAUGUUGUUUUUCACCAGCAUAUCUUCCUAUUUGUAUGAAAGGAUAAUAAAUGUAUGUAUAUGUGUACACAUAAAUA